AUGCAUCCGCAAUGCCCCGAGGCGAUCGCACUCACUCAACACCUCCUCCACGCCACACAAGCCAUCAUCCCGAAAGCUUGGCUCCCCUACCAGGAUAUCUACCUUCCUGGGCACUGCACCGCAAGUGCGAGUACCUACACUGGUUUGACCAGGCCGCAAUGGCAGACCCGCAGUCGUAACCCCUCCCCAAACUCGGACCACAGCAUGAUCCCAAUCUAUCCGAAAUGCUGUGUUCUGGUCCACAUGCACCGACUCCUUCGGACCUUCCUGCCCGGCGACACUCGCACUCGCUGCCACCCAACUCCACUGGGAAUCUACCCAAUGUCGGCAGCCGUGUGGCUUACAACCCCGCUGGCUCUACCACACAGCCCUACGCUUGACACCCCUUCCUGCACCCCGAGAUUUCUGGCCCGCUCGGAUAUUGCCCCGACUGCACCAUAUCCCGCCCCCUACGAGCCGCCACUGGUGGAUCGAUGUGGCCCACCAUCCCUUCUCCACCACCUGGUGGCGCCACCUAUCCACGGAAAUACAGACAGUCACUGCCCACCACACACCGGCCUCCUACUCGUUCGUUGUUCCCGAAGGCUCCCCGGGACAUACGCUAGCCGACAGCCUUCCGACUGCAUAGCUCCUUAUCAUUCCCUCGGGCCAGCUCACCCUACGCAAUUCUAUUCCAUCUACCACAUUUCCACCACCCUAUGGAGCAAGCUCUCCACUAGCAACCAUUUUCCCAUUCAUAUCGGUUUCCUCACCACCGGCACCACGCCUGGCCUCCUCACCCCCACCCAUCUUCACUGGACCGCUGCUCUUCGCCUCCUGGACGCUAUACACUGGCUACACCGCCCCCACCCACAAUCUUCUGAACCCCGCCUGCCCUGGAUUCUCACGGCUCCCACUCACUGCCUCCACUGGGCCCAGAUCGACAACCCUGCCUACGACCAAUACGUCCUCGACUCAAGCGCCUACCUCGAAGCUACCUACCCCACCAUUUACCUCACUACCACUGUCUGGAAAAUGCUAACCACCAUGGCGCAAUCCACCAGCGACUGGGCAGCUGCCCUCAUGCACCUACACGCUCCACACUUCCACAAACAAUGGUUCUCCGCCCAAUGGGCAACCUCCGCCGACACUGGCACACCACAUGCACCACCAAUGUGGACCACAUUCGCUCCGCCAGGGAACUCCCCCUCCUGA